CAGCGCCCCUGAGCAGCGCUCCAGUCUGACACACGCGCUCACGGUCCACCCGCUGACGUCUCGGGGAACACGGCCAUCUGACAGACAGCUGUCACCAGUACGGAACCAGUAUAAUUGUCAAAGUAGCGUUAUACCAGUGAUCCACGGGUCGUUACCUCUAUCUGUCGAUUGAUUUCUGCAAAUCAUUUUGAUAUUUCCGUUGACGCACCUGGCAACUUGAACCUCCGUGGGGCUAAAGGUAGAAGGACUGGAGCUGGUGAGGUUGGAUUACACUGUUUAUCCAUGAGACCUGGGAUCGAACAGGGCUGUUAUCAGCAUUGACUCGCGUCCACCUGCACCGGCAUAGAUCUGUGCGGCUGCUGAUCGCUGUGUUUUCAUCUGGACUGCCAUGCCAACACUUCCAGGAGCACUCGGAAAUAGUCUUGACCUUACUUCAUGGGACUAUAUUUUGUUUACAUCGUCGAACGACUCCCAACACUGAAGGCCGUAUGACCAGGGGCUCGACCGCCGUAUACCACUCCCAGUUCACCCACUAGUCGACCAGUGAAUUCCUUCAGUUAUGUCAGACAACCAGAGCUGGAGCUCUUCUGGCUCUGAAGAGGACCUGGAGUUGGACUCGGGGAACCCGGUCGGGGUGGUGGAGUUCAGUGGGAUUCUCAGUAAGUGGACCAACUACAUCCACGGCUGGCAGGACCGGUGGGUGUCGCUGAAGAACAACACGUUGAGUUACUACAAGUCCCAAGAUGAGAGAGAGUACGGAUGCCGCGGGUCGCUCUGCCUCAGCAAGGCUGUAAUCGUGGCCCAUGAGUUUGACGAGUGCCGUCUGGACAUCAGCGUGAACGACAGCUUGUGGUACCUGAGGGCCCAGGACCCUGAGCACAGAAACAAAUGGAUCGACUCCAUCGAGGUGCACAGGAGUAUCCGAGACGGAAGGAGGGAGAAGGCCGGCCAGGGGACAGUGGCCCUCGUCCCCCCCCUCAUGGCCGAGUCCGGCUACGGCUCCGAGUCCAGCCUCCGGCGCCACGGCUCCAUGAUGUCACUCACCUCCGCCAACAGUGGCGUCUCCUCCACCUCCUCCUCCUCCAAAAAGGGCCACAGCCUCCGGGAGAAGCUGUCUGAGAUGGAGACCUUCAGGGACAUCCUCUGCAGGCAGGUGGACACACUGCAGCGAUACUUCGAUGGCUGUGCCGACGUGUCCAGAGACGUCCUGGAGAGGGACAGAGUGGUGGAGGAGGAUGAGGAUGACUUCCCAAGCCCUCGGACGAGUGGAGAGUUAGUUCACAACAACAAUGGCAGCAAGGAAAAGUUGUUCCAGCCUGUGAGUCCCAAGGGGGUGAAUGGCAUAGACUUCAAAGGCGAAGCCAUCACAUUCAAAGCCACCACGGCUGGUAUCCUGGCCACCCUGUCCCACUGCAUCGAGCUCAUGGUCAAGAGGGAGGACAGCUGGCAGAAGAGACUCGACAAGGAGAUGGAGAAGAGACGUCGCAUCGAAGGCGGCUACAAGUCGACCCUCAAUGACCUGAAGAAAUCCCACUACAGAGGUCCCGACUACGAGGAGGGUCCCAACAGCCUCAUCAAUGAUGAUGAGUUUUUUGAUGCAGUCGAAGCGGCACUGGACAGGCAGGACCUGAUGGAGGAGCAGUCUCAUUGUGAGAAGACCAGGCUACAUAGGUCCAUCCCAGUUCCCUCUGAGGACCUCUACUCAUCCACUGGUUCCCAUCGCUACUCUGACAAGGUGGAGGAGAUGGUGCAGAACCACAUGACCUACUCCCUCCAGGACAUGGGCGGGGACGCCAACUGGCAGCUGGUGGUGGAGGAGGGGGAGAUGAAGGUGUACAGGAGGGAGGUUGAGGAGAACGGUAUUGUGCUGGACCCUCUGAAGGCAACUCACUCCGUCAAGGGUGUGACCGGCCACGAAGUCUGCAACUACUUCUGGGACACAGCCUACCGCAACGACUGGGAGACAACCAUCGAGAACUUCAACGUGGUGGAGACCUUAUCCGAGAACGCCAUCAUCGUCUUCCAAGCCCACAAGCGCGUGUGGCCCGCCUCCCAGCGCGACGUCCUGUAUCUGUCCGCCAUGAGGAAGAUUCCGGCGCACAACGAGAACGACCCCGACACCUGGCUGGUGUGUAACUUCUCGGUGGACCACGAGAACGCGCAGCCGUCCAGCAGGUGUGUCCGGGCCAAGAUCAACAUCGGCCUGAUCUGCCAGACCCUGGUGAGCCCGCCAGAGGGAGACAAGGAGAUCAGCAGAGACAACCUGGUGUGUAAGAUCACAUACGUCGCCAAUGUGAACCCCGGGGGCUGGGCUCCGGCCUCGGUCCUGAGGGCGGUGGCCAAGAGGGAGUACCCCAAGUUCCUCAAGCGCUUCACCUCCUACGUGCAGGAGAAAACCGCUGGAAAGCCCAUACUUUUUUAAGGAUAAAGUGUACCUCACCCUGCAGGGAAACUGAAGUGGAACCCAAGCUCCGAGCUGAGAUAAAUGAAGCCACGCUCCCGCCAUGCUACCUCGCUAGGUAGUUUCUACUCCCUUUAGCUUUGGCGUAGCAUCCUUGCUACUUGUUAGAGGUUCUUGUUAUUCUCCGUGGCUACAGUGAACGUCCUUUGGGAGGAAGGCUGCACCUCUGUCACGCUCUGAUGGGUACUUUUGCACAGGAAAUGACUUGUUUUCCCCUAUUGCUACUUUUUUCUAAAUGAGUCAUCAUAUGGGAAUAAUUAGUCUUGGAUUACGUGUUCGUUUAUGCAUUUAGGCUUGAUGGCGUCGCAUUGUUUCUUGGUGGGGAGAAAUUAGUUUGGAUAAAUUAUAGUAUGAGCAGUGGAGGUUAGAAGACACUUUAGACAUUCAAGGCAAUACUAUGCAAGCUGCCAUGGAGUUGCAAAAGACUGCUCUUUAAUAGCUGCCUACACACUAUCUCCUUUGAAUUGUCCCACAAAUCCCCCAUGAUUCUCUACUGAAUGAUGGAUAAAGCAUUUCAUUUGAGCAUCUCGUUAUUUCAUCGUUAUUUCAAGACACAUGGUCUCUAUGGGGUGUCCGAUUAUAUAUUUUUUAUCAAUAGCUUUUUAUAUAAUGCUGCUAAUUUUAGCCUACAACUAAAUGUAAAAGGGGGUGAAAUAGUAUUUUUAAUUCAAAGGAACAAGUGGAGAGGGAGGUCGUCAGUGGAUGGCCUCCGAUGACACCAGGCUUGAGCUUUAACCCUUUUUAGUCCUUCUGGUGAAAACACCGCUUAUAUGGUACUGAUGGAAGGAGGUUAUGUUUUAUAAGAUAUUUAAUGUACAAUAGAUAUAUCUUGUAUGUACUGCUUGGCUUGUUUAUUUUAUUGCUGAUGUUGCGACAACAUGGCAUGGCUACGAUCAUGUUAUUUUUUGUGUUUCUAAUAGUUUGUGGUCACUCGCAGUCUACGUUCGCUUUGUGUCAGAAUUGACAAGAAAUGCCUUAGAAUUACAAAACGCUUUAGGAUGAGAAAGCUUUAGAAAGUGCCUAAUGGCCAUUUACUCAACACUGGCUAGUCGAGAUAUACUGUCAACAAAUCUAAAACUUACCAUACACACAAACACGGAUGACGUUUACGUUCAGUCAGUCCGUGGUUCAGAGCUCCCCACAGUUCGUGUUCUCCAGGACUAUGGUGUCCUUCAGUUUUUUGGUUAGUCUUUGUUUUUCAAAAACGCUACAUUGUAGUAUCCUAGAGACCUCAAAUGAAUUUCAAAUUUGGCAUGAAGUCAUGAAAAAAGAAUGUGUGCAAACUGUAGUCAUGUAAUGCCCGGGUUAAUUUAUAUUUAAGAAGCAAUAUGUCAACAUACUUGGGAGUCAUGGUGCUCAACAGUGGAUAUUUUCUUCCACUCCUCUCUUGCGUUUCAAAAGCAUUCUAAACAAUUAGCUUCUGAAUCUGGUUUGUAAUGCACGUUAACACUGAAUGAGGCCACUACUUCGCUCAUUAGCGUUCUGCAAGCGUUAAUUAGCAAGUUUGAGCUUGAUGGGAACCACUGUUACCGGGGCUUUUACCAUGAUUUAAUCUUUAAAAGGCCCCAUUUGGAUACUCGUUAUGUUGAGCAUUGUCCCUAAACAAUGCUAUGAUACAACUUCAAUCAAAACAGUUCAAUAACCUUUCAGAGGGAUUCUAUUUUUCAGCUGGUACUUUUUAUGCUUUACUGAAUUUAGCCACUUUUUUUCCGCACUACCAUGUUGUAGUCAAUGUAAAUUAAUUUAGUGAUGCAUUUCAUACUCUGAAAUUUCCAAUUCAUGAUCUUGAUUUGUGUCCAUGUCCUUCGAUCUGCUGAACAGCUUUUUUUCCCAUUGAUUUUAAACCCUAAGAUCCUGGUAGAGGAUCCUUGGGUCGGGGGGGGGGUCAGGGUGGGGCCGCGCGGGGGUGUAUGAUACCCGGCUGUACGCCAGGAGGACGCCCCAGCACUGAACCGAUACAUGACUCCUCUGGAGCUUAAACCCUGAAUGUAAUAAUAGGGGAGAAAUCCUGUAAGUGGACGGUUACACUAACGCUGUUGGGAAAACACAGCUGAGAAAAUGCGGCACAGCCCUGUGUUUAGAAGGCGCAAUGAAUGUAAGGACGGCAAUAAAGAUUCAUUUCAACA